GUUACGCCUUUUUGAAUUACUACUGUGCACGAUUAACGGAAGCAAAGAACGAAACGGACUGUCAGCCGAACACGCGCACCCUGGAAAGACACUGGUUAAUGAAGUGAUCCAUCGCACGUUCGAGUGUCCGUUUCGCAACAGGGUUUGUUUUUUGUGUGUGCAGCUUCCAGCGAGAAGAUGACAACCACGCUGAUGCAGCUGCUGGUGGCGUUCGUGGUGCUGCAGGCUGUCCUUGGUACCAAUCGGCAGAUCGUGACCGGAAACCCGGCAGCCGGUUCGUUCCUGAGCGUACCGACGACGGUCAAGCGGUACGAAAACGAUACCGUCCUGCUGCCGUGCUAUCAUAACUCUCCCUAUCGGUAUGUGCGCUGGUCCCGGGAUGAUCUGCUGCUGGUGGACUCACGCUAUCCGGACCUGAAGACACCGCCCCGCAUGCGGCUCUGGCCGAACGGGAGUCUCGAGGUGACGGAGGUUCAGACGGAGGAUACCGGAGACUACAUGUGCGAGAUCAUGACCGACGGUGGGAAAGCUUCCCAGCGGCACACCAUCGAGGUCCAGUAUCAAGCGACUGCAGCCGUCUAUCCGGAGGAUCCGAUCGAUAUCCGCGUGGGACAAAUACUGGAAGUUGUGUGUCAAGUUACGGGCGUUCCCCAACCGUACGUCCAGUGGACGUUGCAGAACGAAAACGCAUCGAUACCGUUCGAGAACGAGCGCAAGCUAGCGGUGCUGAUCGAGGAUCGUAGCUUCUCCGGCCCAGUCCAGUGUACGGCUACGAACGGUGUCGGCGAACCAGCUACCGCAUCCGUCGAAGUUUUCGUCCACUUUGUGCCGGAGAUUGAAGUUAAACUUCCGACGGUACAUACGCGCGUCGGUGAGACGGGCAUCCUGGAGUGUCUGGUAACGGCACACCCGAUCGCUACCAUCCACUGGUUUCAUCACGGGCUGCCGGUGGUAUUUGAUCGGCGCAUUGUUAAGCUGGAUGCACUCGUUACCAAGCAUCAGUACUACACGGUGCAGCGGCAUCAGCUAGCGAUACGGAACCUGCGCGAUGCCGAUCUUGGUCAGUACGAGUGUGAGGCGGGUAAUCGGGUUGGGAUUGCGGGUGCCCAGCUGGAGCUAACCGGACGGCCGAUGGUGGCAAGCUUUAAGCCGGCGGCCGAGAUGUCCUCACCGACGACACACAACUUUAUCUGGCAAACGGAGAGCUACUCGCCGUUGAUCGAGUACAAGCUCAAGUUCCGGCGGGUCCCGUCCGGGAACGUGACCCCAUCGCGGCGCAAUUUUCCACUGCUCGCCUGGAACGAGCUCAUAAUACCGUCGGACGGUUCUUACGGUCCGCUGCAUUCGAUCGGGUACACGCUGCAGGGUCUGCAGCCAACGAGCGUGUACGAGGUGAUCGUCCUAUCCCGCAACCGGUACGGAUGGAGCGAUCCUAGCAACAUCCUAAGGUUCGCUACCGGUGGCGAGGUGGAGAUUGAACCAGGCAGCGAAGAUACGUCCGCAUCGAUGAUGCCUUCAUCUUCCUCCACGAGCCAGACGACGGAAACGCUCGAGUACAGCGAAUCGGAGCUAGGUAACUUUGCUGGUGACGGUGGUCUUAUCACGGACAAUAUGAUUCCAAACGAUUUCUUCGAUUACGGCACGGUCGGCGAGGGUGCUGCGCUUCGACUGGCGCCAAUUUCUACGCCCUGUUUGCUUCUACUUUCAGCGAUCGCUAUUCGAGGCAGCUUUUCGUAGCAAUAAAACCACAUGUUUGAGACCUGUAAA